CCGACCUGGCGGCGACAUGUUAGGCUGAGCCGCGCCUAUAUAGACCCGGCGGCGGAGCACGCGUGUGUGCGGACGCACUUGCGCGAGGGAGUUCCUGGCAGCCUCUGUCCCCGUGUAGCCGAGCUUGUUCCUCUCCCGCUCAGCCGCGCAGGUUGAAUUGACCAAAGCAAUGGUGAUGGAGAAGCCUAGUCCCCUGCUGGUCGGGCGGGAGUUUGUGAGGCAGUACUACACACUGCUGAACCAAGCCCCCGAUAUGCUGCAUAGGUUUUAUGGAAAGAACUCUUCUUACGUGCAUGGGGGAUUGGAUUCCAAUGGAAAGCCAGCAGAUGCAGUCUAUGGACAGAAAGAAAUCCAUAGGAAAGUGAUGUCGCAAAACUUCACCAACUGCCAUACCAAGAUUCGCCAUGUGGAUGCUCACGCUACUCUCAAUGAUGGUGUGGUGGUCCAGGUGAUGGGCCUGCUCUCCAACAACAACCAGGCGCUGCGGAGGUUCAUGCAGACCUUUGUCCUUGCUCCUGAGGGCUCUGUGGCCAACAAGUUCUAUGUUCAUAAUGACAUCUUCAGGUACCAGGACGAGGUCUUCGGUGGCUUUGUCACUGAGCCACAAGAGGAAUCUGAGGAAGAAGUUGAAGAAGCUGAAGAGAGGCAGCAGACACCUGAAGUGGUGCCCGACGAUUCUGGAACUUUCUAUGAUCAGACUGUCAGCAAUGACUUGGAGGAGCAUUUAGAGGAGCCUGUUGCUGAGCCUGAGCCUGAGCCUGAGCCAGAAGCAGAGCCAGAGCCUGCUCCUGAAGUCCAGGAGGAGAAGGCCGAGCCGGUCUUGGAAGAGCCGGCUCCCGAGGAUGCCCAGAAGAGCUCCUCUCCAGCUCCAACGGACAUGGCCCAGACUGUGCAGGAGGAUUUGAGGACAUUUUCUUGGGCCUCUGUGACCAGUAAGAACCUUCCUCCCAGUGGGGCUGUUCCUGUUACUGGGAUCCCACCUCACGUUGUUAAAGUGCCAGCUUCACAGCCCCGUCCAGAGUCUAAGCCGGAAUCUCAGCUUCCACCGCAGAGGCCUCAGAGAGACCAAAGAGUGCGGGAGCAGCGGAUCAGCGCUCCUCCUCAGCGGGGACCGCGGCCAAUCCGCGAGGCUGGUGAGCAAGGUGAUGUUGAACCCCGAAGAAUUGUGAGACACCCUGACAGUCACCAGCUCUUCAUUGGCAACCUGCCACACGAAGUGGACAAGUCAGAACUGAAGGACUUUUUUCAAAAUUAUGGGAAUGUGGUGGAACUCCGCAUCAACAGUGGUGGGAAGUUACCCAACUUCGGCUUUGUUGUGUUUGAUGAUUCUGAACCUGUUCAGAAGGUUCUUAGCAACAGGCCCAUCAUGUUCAGAGGUGAAGUCCGGCUGAAUGUGGAAGAAAAGAAGACUCGAGCUGCCAGGGAAGGAGACCGGCGAGAUAGCCGCCUGCGGGGGCCCGGAGGCCCUCGAGGUGGGCUGGGCGGUGGAAUGCGAGGCCCUCCCCGGGGAGGCAUGGUACAGAAGCCAGGAUUUGGAGUGGGAAGGGGGAUUGCUCCGCGGCAGUGAAUUGCUCUUCCUUCGCUGGUCUUCAAGCAGCAGUCAGACCCCAGCUCCUACAGAAUGGUGAAGUUCUUCAGCAGCCUUUGGUGUCUUGGAGUGUGAUGACCCUAGUCUAUUAUAAACUGCUUGAGUUUGUACAAUUUUAUUUUCUUUGUGUUCAUGGUGUGUGCUCCACCCUUCCAUUCCUCUCCUGACCUUUUUAGUCCUUCACUUCCAAUUUUGUGGAAUGAUAUUUUAGGAGUAACAGAUUUUUAAAGAAGAAAACAAAGACUGAAUUUCCUUGCUUAUUUGCAUAUACGGACUGGAUUUUUUUAAAUAGCCAUUUCCCCAAAGGAAUGUGUCGCUUAUUACUGACAUUUGGUAUAUUUCAUUCAGUGGAAUAUUUCUUAUUUUGUACGUGUUUCAAAAGCCUGUAAGAUACAGGAUUUGAUAAACAUUUUGGAAGUAGGAAAAAUCCAAAUUGUUUCUGGAGAGUAUCGAUGAUCUUCUGAUGUGGAAAAACUGCCAUUUGGGAAAUCUGACAUUGAUUCUUGCUGGCAUGGUUAAUUGAAUAAAAGGUGUUAAUAGAAUGCAUUUUUCUUUUGAUAUAUGAUUACAAAACAAUUCUAAAUCUACUGUUUUUACCAUUGGAAUUUGAAUUGUGACAUAGAUCUUAAAUGUCUAGAAUGCAACUGAUAGCCUUUUCUUGAACUGUUAGAUUUUAUUGAAAUAGAUUUUUUUUUGUGUGUUUUAAUUUGUAUUUGUCAAACCACACACAAGAAGACAAGUCCCCAAAAUAUGAAUAACAAACCCAGAGCAAACUAUUGUGCCUUCUAGUUCUCUUUGAGCCCAGCCUUGGUGAUUGUUCAGAGAGUAAUAAAGAUUCUAGAUUGUUUUCCAGA